AUGAAUGAGACAAUCGGUAACGUACACUAUGCCAUCACAUGCAUUAUAGUGGCCGGAGUUGUCGUACUACUGAUGGCCACAACAAUCGGUAACGUACACUAUGCCAUCACAUGCAUUAUAGUGGCCGGAGUUGUCGUACUACUGAUGGCCACAGUAUACGCCUGUCAUAAGGAAAACAAGAGAUCAAUCCGGUGGAGAAAUGCACACAACAGGUGUCAACAAGAGAGGGAACAAAUGAUCACAUUAAGAAUCUUGCAGUCAUUGUCACAAAACAGGACUCAUAGCCGAUAUUAUCCCGAUAUUGUUCCCUUACGAACUCUCAACGACCCGCCACCUCCUUAUCAGCCCCACUAUACACCCCCACCAGCCUAUCGGGAGACAUACCAACCCACCACUUACAUCCCAACACCCAAAUAAACUUAUUCGUGUCCAUAUGUGGGAUCAAAGCGUGUAUCCAAUAGUCAAAUAAUAUUUUAAACAUUCAUUUUUAAAAAUAUCAAUCAUUUAUAAACUCAUUGAAAAUAAAAUUUCAGAAACAUAUCCAUAAGAAAAUAA